AGAGUAUCGCGAGCGGUGUUCGCAUCAGUUCAGUUGCGUGGCAUCGCUGAGCGAAGCAAGAUGGAGCUUUUGAGUUAUGUGCUAACCGCGUUCGUGUUUGUCGUUUCGAUUGCGUAUUUGUUCCUGCGCAGUCGGCACAACUAUUGGCGGGAUCGAGGUAUACCUUAUGCACGUGCGAAACCUCAUCUGUUCAUGGGACACAUGGAGCACUUCAAGACGAAGCACGGAGCAGUUAUCAAUCAAGAGAUUUAUCGGGACCUUAAAUCGCGCGGUGAAAUAAUCGGUGGCAUGAGCUUCUUCAUCAUACCGGGCUUGGUUGCGGUCGAUCCGGAGCUGAUUAAAACGAUCCUCGUGAAGGACUUCAACGUGUUUCAUGAUCGUGGCGUGUUUAAUGACGCAAAGGCAGAUCCACUUUCUGCGCAUCUGUUCGCCCUGGAGGGACACGAAUGGCGUGUGUUGCGUCAGAAGCUAACGCCCACGUUUACUUCCGGCCGGAUGAAGCAAAUGUUUGGCACGAUUCAGCAGGUGGCGGAAGAAUUCCUAAAGUAUAUGAACGAAAACUGUCACCGGGAAGUGGAGAUGAAGAACGUGCUGGCCCGGUUUACGACGGACGUGAUUGGCACGUGUGCGUUCGGCAUUGAGUGUAACACGCUGAAGAAUCCGAGCUCGGAUUUCCUGAAGUACGGCAACAAGGUGUUCGAGCAGGAUCCGCUGCUGAUGAUGAAGUUUGUGUUCGCCAUGAUGUUUAAGGGCAUGGCGAAGCGGAUCGGAGUAAAGCUGACCGAUGAGGGUGUGGAACGGUUUUUCAUGCAGGUCGUCCGGGACACUGUACAGUACCGCGAGAUGAACAAUGUGCAGCGGAACGAUUUUAUGAACUUGCUGCUGCAGAUCAAGAACAAGGGCUAUCUAGAUGAGCGUGAUGCGGGUGCAACCGAUGGGGUGAAAGGUGAAACUGGAUUGACACUGAACGAGCUAGCAGCGCAAGUGUUUGUGUUUUUCCUGGCUGGAUUUGAGACAUCCUCGACCACGAUGAACUUCUGUUUGUACGAGCUGGCAAAGAACAUGGAUAUACAGGACCGUCUGCGUGACGAGAUCGAACGUGCGGUCGAAGACUACGAUGGACAAGUGACGUACGAAAUGGUCAUAAACAACCAGUAUCUGGAUAAUGUGAUCAAUGAAACUCUACGCAAGUAUCCACCGAUUGAGUCGCUCACUCGUGUGCCAAUGCGUGAUUACACCGUACCCGGCACCAAGUACGUAAUUCCGAAGGAUACGCUCAUCCAGAUCCCGGUGUACGCUAUACAGCGCGACCCAGAGUUCUAUCCCGAGCCGGACCAAUUCAAUCCGGACCGUUUCCUAGCGGACGAAGUGAAGCAACGCCAUCCGUACGUGUUCCUACCCUUUGGUGAAGGUCCUCGGAUUUGUAUCGGAUUGCGGUUUGGAAUGAUGCAAGCAAAGCUCGGUUUAAUCACCCUACUGAGAAACUUCCGCUUCUCGCCAUCGUCUCAAACGCCGGCAGAAAUUGUGUUCGACCCCAAAUCGUUCAUAUUAUCGCCCACUACGGGUAAUUAUCUGAAGGUUGAUAAGAUAUAAAUGUUUCAGAUGAAGAUUUUUGCUAGUUGAACUAGACGGUCGUUGAAUGCGCCAA